AUGGUAAACGUAAGGGUAGUAGGGAGGCCAGAUUACCCACGAAAGUGCUUUGGAUGCGGAGAAUGGUGGUCCUCAGGCGCUUGCUGCAGCAUCCACAAGUCUAAGGCUAAGAAGGCCAGAGAGAAGACCUUGUCUGAUCAGUUUGAGGCUAAGAGAGCGAAGAACAAGGCCAGUAGGGAGAGGAAGAUAGCGAGGAGAGAGGAACGUCUAGCCCAGGGGCCAGGAGAGAGAGCACCGCCUACCGCUGCAGCAGCCCCUGCAUCCCAGCCAGCACAGGGAAGUAAGAAAGCUAAGAAGUGA